AUGGGUGGCGAUAUUAGAACAUACACUGAUGAAUUUAUACUCAGUGAUAUAAAGCCGCCACGCAAUAGAGAGACCCUUUAUCGUCACAAUUUAAAGACAUUGUUAUCAUCAUCAUCAUCAUCAUCAAGAACAACAUCAUUAGGAAUGGAAAGUGAAAUUUCAGUAUGGGACACCGGCUCGGACACAGACAGAAUACUGGAGCAGAUUAAGUACAUUCCAGUUUCGUUCAAACGGUCUACGUCCCUUGAACACAAACCUAGAGUGAUUUUAGUCUCGAAUUCCCCAGAAUCUUGGAGGAAGAAAAGGGGCAAUGUUAGUUUCAUCGACGACGAAUGUCUGGUCCAGAAUUGUGUUCUUGUUGGUGGCGAACACAAGAAGAAGGUUGAUGCCAUACUAUUUUAUGGCGGUAUAGCCGACAUUGGUGAAUAUGCCACAAACAUUAACAGGGGAACUGUGAAGAUUUUCUUUGCGCUAGAAAGCCCACACAGUUCGGGCGGACAUUUUAAACUUAGAGGCUAUAUAAACUGGACAGCAACAUACAGGCGAGAUUCUACAAUAGUUGCUCCGUAUGAAAAGUUUUCUUUCUUCCCAAACGCUAGUGUGGUGAUCAAAUUAAAAAAAAAGUACCCGAAAAAUUUCGCUUCUGGAAAAAACAAAAUGGCUGCCAUAUUUGUCUCGAACUGUCGCGGUACGAAUGGUCGUUUGAGUAUUGUGCGGGAACUUCAGAAGUAUAUCACGGUGGAUGUGUAUGGUCAGUGUGGUAACUUGGAAUGCCCACGAACUAGACAUAAAGAAUGUUUCAAGUUGUUGAACGUAGAAUAUAAAUUUUAUUUGGCAUUCGAGAACGCCAACUGUCGUGAUUAUAUCACAGAAAAGUUCUUUGUAAAUGGCUUACAGUGA